UUUGACAGGUGGCAGUAUUUGAGAUGCUCAACUACUGUCAAUGGUGAGUAAAGUGUUGGGAUUUUAAUGGCCGAUACCAUUAUCAGCUCCAUAAUUAUCAGCUCACCCUCUCCUCUUUCUUGCAUUCUUUUUCUCCCAAAAUUCCAAUUCACAAAAUUUCAUACACCCCUAAUCCACAAAUCCUCGAUAAAUAGUAAAGAUAUACCAGUCCAAGAAAUAUACUUUUUUGCCAAUUACAUACAAGAAAAACGAUGAAUCAUCAAUCUAUGAACAUCCGAAUUCAGGCACCAUGCCCCCCUUCUCCUUCUUCUGCAUUUCCUCCAAGAUUUCAUCAGAAAACCUCUUUAAUAUUGCCACGAGCAAUUUGCUCUUCUGAAGUUGUAUCCAAUGUUGUGGUGCAAAUGGAGGUCUCUUCUGAUACGAGCAACUCAUCUCUUACAACUUCAAAACAUAAACGCGCCUUUGGGUGUUCAACAAAACGAUCCUUGUUAAAACAGCCACUCAACAAAGAUUUAAAGCCAUUGAGGGCAUUAUUGUCAUCCACCACACAAGACGCAUCAGCUUCUGUUGUUAAUGGUGGAAAGAUAGGAGUGUUGUUGCUCAAUCUUGGAGGUCCUGAAACUCUUGAUGAUGUGCAACCUUUUUUAUUCAACCUUUUUGCAGACCCGGAUAUUAUUCGACUACCAAGAUUGUUUCGUUUUCUUCAAAAGCCUUUGGCACAAUUUAUAUCAGUUGCUAGAGCACCCAAAAGCAAGGAAGGGUAUGCUGCAAUUGGUGGUGGGUCCCCUCUUCGCCAGAUCACCGAUGAUCAGGCUAAAGAGUUAAGGAAAGCACUUUAUGAAAAGAAUGUUCCAGCAGAAGUGUAUGUAGGUAUGCGUUACUGGCAUCCUUUCACUGAAGAAGCAAUCGAGCAGAUAAAAAAAGAUGGUGUGAACAAGCUGGUUGUACUUCCUCUAUAUCCUCAAUUCUCAAUAUCAACAAGUGGUUCAAGCCUUAGACUCCUUGAAAGUAUCUUUAGGGAGGAUGAAUACCUUGUUAACAUGCAACACACAGUUAUACCUUCAUGGUAUCAACGUGAGGGGUACAUUAAAGCCAUGGCUGAUUUAAUUCAAAAAGAACUCAUAAGAUUCGAUCGCCCUGAAAAGGUGAUGAUUUUCUUUAGUGCUCAUGGGGUGCCAGUUGCAUAUGUUGAAGAAGCUGGUGAUCCUUAUAAGGCAGAAAUGGAAGAAUGUGUGGAUUUGAUAAUGGAGGAAUUACAGAGAAGAAAGAUAAAUAAUCCAUAUACUCUGGCUUAUCAGAGUAGAGUGGGGCCCGUGGAAUGGUUGAAACCCUACACUGAUGAGACAAUCGUUGAACUUGGGGAAAAAGGGGUGAAAAGUCUUCUAGCUGUACCCAUUAGCUUUGUGAGUGAACAUAUUGAAACAUUGGAGGAAAUUGAUGUGGAGUACAAGGAAUUGGCGUUAAAAUCUGGUAUAGAGAAAUGGGGUCGUGUCCCUGCAUUGGGAUGCGAACCCACCUUCAUUCUUGAUUUAGCAGAUGCAGUCAUUGAAAGCCUCCCGUAUGUAGGAGCCAUGGCUGUAUCAAAUCUUGAAGCUCGACAGUCUUUGGUUCCACUAGGGAGUGUAGAGGAGCUUUUGGCAACGUAUGAUUCGCAACGUAGGGAGUUGCCAGCACCAGUUACGGUUUGGGAGUGGGGUUGGACCAAGAGUGCAGAGACAUGGAACGGUCGAGCGGCUAUGUUGGCGGUUAUUGUCUUGCUGUUUCUGGAAGUCAGCACUGGGGAAGGCUUUCUUCAUCAGUGGGGUGUGUUGCCAUUGCAGUUGCCCGUGUUUCCUUGAGAUAUAUAUGGGAUGAUGGAAUAUGGAGGGAAGUGUUCCUAUAUUUUUUUGUUCUAAAUGGGAGGAUUUAAUAGGUGAUUAAAAAGCUAAUUGUAAAGAAUUCUACAUAUACUGCUCUGUUAAUUGUAAUUAUCGGUUAAAAUGCGCUGUCUAUACGCUUGGUGGACUAAAUAAACAGCGAACCCUUUUUCA